AAAAAGAAAAAAAAGGACUUCAUUGAUUUCAUGGAUCCAUGAAUAGAUACCAACGUGCAUAUACCUUCCCACAAGCGUACAAACUUUGACAUCUUGAAGUCGCAGUGCCAAUAGUAAAGCUUCAAAGGACACCAAUCUUAUCUUUUAAAUUGAAUAGACACACACACACACACACAAUACUCAAUCAGCCAUGGAAGCGAUAGUUCUGUACCCAACACCAGCCAUAGGCCACUUGAUUUCCAUGGUAGAGCUAGGCAAACUAAUACUCACACACCACCCUUCACUCACCAUUCACAUACUCAUCGCCCCUGCACCUUACAACGCUGGUUCCACAGCUCCAUACAUAGCCUCUGUCUCUUCCACCACUCCUUCCAUCACUUUUCACAAUCUGCCCAGUGUUACUCUCCCUCCCACCACUUCUCCUCACCAUGAAACUCUCACCUUUGAACUCAUUCGCCUCAACAAUCCCAAUGUCCACCAAUCUCUCCUAUCUAUCUCCAAAACCCACAACGUCAAAGCUCUCAUCAUGGACUACUUUUGCUCCUAUGCUCUCUCUGUUGCUUCCAAUCUCAACCUCCCUGGCUAUUUCUUUUUCACUUCAGGCGCUGCUGCUCUAAAUUAUUUUCUAUACCACCCCACCAUUCACAAAAACACCACAAAAAGUUUGAAAGACCUUAACACCCUCCUUAUCGUUCCUGGAGUAUCCCCAAUACCAUCUUCAGAUAUGCCAAAACCAUUACUUGACCGUAACGAUAAGGCCUACGGGUUCUUUUUAGACAGCUCAAUCGCCAUGGCUAAGUCUGCAGGAAUAAUUACCAACACCUUUGAAUCAUUGGAACCAAAAGCUAUUCAAGCACUAUCAGAGGGGCUAUGCGUACCAGACGGUCCAACCCCACCUGUUUACUGCAUAGGACCAUUGAUAGCAAAAAACAACGAAAGAAGUGGGACUCAAAAUGAAGGUGAAGCCGUGCCCGAGUGUUUGUCCUGGCUUGACUCGCAACCGAGUCAAAGUGUUGUGUUUUUAUGCUUUGGAAGCUUGGGUUUGUUCUCUAUAGAACAACUAAAGGAGAUAGCUUUAGGAUUGGAAAAGAGUCACCAAAGGUUCUUAUGGGUGGUAAGAAAUCCACCGAGUGAGAAACAUGGCUUGGCUGUGUCAGCUCAACCUGACCCAGAUUUAGAUUCUUUGCUUCCAGAAGGUUUUUUGGACCGUACCAAAGAGAGAGGGUUAGUAGUGAAGUCAUGGGCACCACAACUGGCUGUGUUGAAUCACGGCUCGGUGGGUGGGUUUGUGACUCAUUGUGGGUGGAACUCGGUGUUGGAAGCUGUGUGUGCGGGCGUGCCAAUGGUGGCGUGGCCUCUUUACGCAGAGCAAAGGUUCAACAGGGUGGUGUUGGUGGAAGAUGUGAAGAUUGCUUUGUCGAUGAAGGAGUCAGAGGAUGGGUUUGUGAGUGCAACAGAGGUGGAGAAGCGAGUUAGAGAGUUGAUGGACUCGGAAAGUGGUAACUGGAUAAGGGAACGAACACUUGCCAUGAAAGAUGGAGCUAAGGCAGCACUGAGUGAGGGCGGGUCAUCUCGUGUGGCACUGACCAAACUCGUUGAGUCGUGGAAGUGACAGACAGUGAGUUCAAAUCCAACCUCGUUCAUAUCGUGGCACUUGAUCUAGCCUUUUACCGCGUGUAAUAAAAGAACAAGGAAAAAAAGCACAUAAUUUUUUUAAUCU